AAAACGUAGGUCGAAAGUUAGGUUGUACUUUGCACAUUUCACAUCGGUUUAGGGAUCGGGUGUACAGCUGCGGAGAACACAGCAGUACAUCAGCAGUACCACAUUUUAGUUUGCUGCGGUCUAAGUGUUCUAUGCAUACGAGCCUACCAGUCAAAUUUCAGCGUGACUGUCCGCAUCAGCCAAUCACAGGCAUUCGAGAUGCACCACGGAGCCGCCUGCAGCGCAGUACCACACCCUAACGCUGAACCCUGUCGUGGAGUUGUGGAGUUGUCGUGGUCUCGCCCGACCCAAGUGCUAGGCAAGACCUCAUUCUACAGCUGUGUGACAACGUGGCCUGGUGUGGGUAGGUGUUGCGCACGGCAGCGAAGAGUCUACAACGGUGGACAACGAAUUCCCCCGCAUCUAUCUCUGCAUGCAUUUGACUGUGGCUGGGUGGGUAGGUGGGUAGGCGUUGUCUUGUCGCUGGAUACCCUAACGUGCGUGGGCUUCCGCGCGUUCUGCGUCGACGAUAGGUCUAGAGGUGCAGGCAUGGGGUGGUUUGGGGAUUCCAAAGCCACACGGAAGGCGAAGUCCUUGAGACAAGAUCUCCGGGGAAAGCACUUCAUCGUCACUGGAGCCAACACUGGAUUGGGGUAUGUUACCGCUCGGGAGCUCGCGAAGAUGGGGGCGAAGGUGACACUGGCUUGCCGCAGCGCCGAGAGGGGGCAACAAGCGAUCGACAAGUUGAAAGCGGAAGUGUUGGAGAAGCCUGCUAAAGAGGGCGUGGACCUUCUCGACGGGCUGACCGAAGUCGACGUGCGGUUGGAGGUCCUAGACCUGGGGUCCCUACGGUCCGUGAUCGCCUUCGCCCAGGGGUUCAAGGCCUCCGGCACCAAGGUCGACGUCCUCGUCAACAACGCCGGGAUCUUCGGCGUCCCAAAUCGUCGGGAGACCGCGGACGGCCUCGAGAUGCACAUUGGCGUCAACCACUUCGGCGGGCACCUGCUGACGAGGCUGAUGGAGCCCUCGAUCAACGACGGCGGUCGAGUGCUGUUCCUCUCCUCCCUGACGCACAGCCGGCCGCCGGGGAUGCCGAAGACGACCUGGGACUGGGACAACAUGAACUUCGACAAGCCGAAGACUUACGACAGGCUGUCCGCCUAUUGCAGGUCCAAGCUCGCCAACAUCUGGGACGCUAAGGAGUUCGCCAAGCGCCUGGCGGCCCGGAGCAUCAACACCUACGCCGUCCAGCCCGGGCUGGUCAAGACGGAAAUCCACAGAGGCAUCGGGGGGGGCAAGCUGAUUAUGCCGAUCGUUAACGCCGGGUACGCCGCGUUGGGGUGGGUGUGGCUCAAGGGUCCGCUGGACGGGGCCUUGACCACGAUCCGGUGUGCGGUCGACCCGUGCCUGGCCGGCCCCGAGCUCUCGGGGAAGUACUGGGGUAACAUGAAGGAGGAGACGCCUUCGGAGCUCGCGCUAGAUCCCGCCAACCCGCCCCGGCUGUGGGAGAUCACAGAGUCCGUGCUGGAGGACAAGCUCGGCAAGCGAGUUGACGAUGUCUUUCCCUGACCUUUACGGGUUUACCCGUUUGUUGGAAGUGUCGUCCUUGGUUGGGCAGGCAAGCAGCGUUGAAUACGCAGGGCGCCUAUGCUGUAUAUUCCAUUCGUCCGGUUGAACUAGGUCAUGUGUGGCUACAUGCGUACUUUAUGUCCCGUUCCGAAGCUCCGUGCUCGGAGUGAUGCGGGUGUGUGGGUGUGGCUUGGUAAGGUUGUGUGCAGCAAGGAUCCUACUACUUCUGUGCGAAGCGGCGGUCACGUGAUUGAGCGUUCAUAUUCGGGGAACGGGAUGGGGUACUUCCGCGUGGUGCGCCGUCAAAGGAGGCGAGUGUGCGUUGGCGAGACUACCUCCCUUGUUCUUGUACUCAAUUUUUGGCGGAUGUGCCUGUGUUUGAUUAUGACUCAUGUGCCCACGUGCUCCAGACGUUCUUUGUUCGGCCGCCGGCUGGAGUUUGUCUCUUUCAAAGCUCACAGCUGCUUGAUGAUUUGUUACCACAAAUCCCUCGCAAAGCUUUGCACCACACACCCACUUCAAACGCUCGACACGAAACAAAUUAUUUCCAUUUCAGCCAACCCGAAACACGGUCACCGGCACCUACUGUAACGACAACAGAAAUUGCCACAGCGCCACAGCCAAAGAGAGUGCUACUCCUUUUUUUUGUUCCCCGGCAUGUCCAAGGGGUGUAUGGUGGUGCUUUGUGCGAGGUUGGUUCUAUUUUGUCAUUUUUUCCUUAAAAGCAGAACGGGAAGGGCUCGAGUGAAAGUCUGUAUGUACUGCCGCACCGCACUCCAGCCCUCCUCAGAGUCAAAGCUCGCUCCGAUGUCAACGCGCGGGGGCGAGAACACUCCCUGCUGCUGUACAUCUUGUCUUGUGUGUUUUCCAAAUUUCCUCGGUUUUCAACGUCUCACCUACACACGCACGCAAUGACCCCAAGCGCACACAUGUAACACAACCGUGCAAACGAAACACAACCAACAGAUAUCAAACCUGCCCGCAACAGAUGGGACCCUUGCACACACACACAUGCACACAACGUUCGGCCGAGUUGCUGGGGAGCGAGGCUCGCUCUCGCUGUUUUGUUUUGUUUUGUGCGGGCACGCAAGGCGGGCAUUGACUAAGGCGGCAAAUCUACCACAGCAGCAGGUCAAUGAAUCCAACUCAACCAAAGAGCAGCGACCGCGACAGAAGUCACGCUUCCCUCCCGUUCUCGCAGGAAACUAUAUUUUCUUGAGUCAUCACGCACUCGCAAGCAACGCUGGAAAGUGGGAUUCAUCCCCGGAGCGACUCCCUGACAAAGGUGGUACAUCUCACUCUUCGGCAGAAAAUACGACCCCUCCUCCUCCUGCAACCACCACCACCACUGCUUGUUUGCUGAGGACGACGGCCGUCCGUCUAAAGGAGAAGAGCUACAUUAAAAACGAGGCACAGCGGAAAUAUCACACAUGAAAUACCCAAACACCACUGGCGAGCAAACAUCAGCACGAGACGACGUUUUACACGAUGUCAUGAUGAACACGAAACGAUAUCUCGCCGCCCUGCAGGAAGAGUUCCGGUCGACCAGAGCCAGUCCGAGCAACGACAAGCCAUGCGUCUCAUCGAAAUACGAGAAAAUGCUUCACAACCGUACAGCACAUUAUCAUCGGACGGAGUAUCUAAUAUCUCGAAGCCUAAGACUGUUUGAACGAUUUGAUUCCCCCACCCCACGAACGAUUGGCCAUCGGUGAUCGGUCCUGUGGGAACAAUGCUCCGUCCUCUCGAGGACGCAUGGUCAAUGGUCUAACAGCUAAGGCAUGCAAAACAUAAGAGUACGCCCCAACCCCCCAUCCCCCCCGCCCCAACUGCGCUUGGUCUCGAAGGGACGCGUGGCUAAAGGUCAAACAGUCCCCAAUCCCUCCCUUAAAAGUUCGGCACAAAUACCAGAACACCACACGAAACCCUUUAGCCUUGCAAACGACUGGAAAAAAUUAAAAUAUACUCUAAUCACACAAAUAGACCAAUGAUCUUGCAGGCCGGACAGGACAGAGAAGAACAGAGAACAAAAAAAAAACACACACACACACGCGCGCAACAACAGUACACGGCACAUAGAACAAGAACCAAACGUGCCAGAGCGAAAGCGAGAGCGAGAGCGAG